AUGCCUCCACUCCACUGGCACAGAAUAUUGGUUGGAAUUACCUGUUGUGUAGUGACCAUGACCCUUUGGGCACUGUGUAUUUGGCAGUUUGUCCUCAGGUUUAAAACAGACACUGCAGAAUCCAUGGUACCUCCGUGCUUCUGCCUCAAUGGUGGUGCCUACCGGGAUGGUGCCUGCGUGUGCCCAGAGGAGUGGGUGGGAUCUCUUUGUGAGACAGUUAAUUUCUGUGAAGCCAGUACUUGCAUGGUGAACAUUUCUGAAAGCACUACAAAACGCCUUACUUUUGAACAGAUUAUAGUGGGUAAAUAUCGCAACUCCAAAGAAAAAUGUGAACCCAAUUCUGUGGAUGGUAACACUUCAAUAGCAAGCUGGACGUUCUCCAGAGAAGGGAGAACUCCUACUUUAGAGCCCCCCAAAAUUCUGAAUUGUAAUGAAAAUCUGGACUCCCUAGCAUCACCCAGUUUUUCUCCUUGCAAUCCCAAUCCAUAGUACAACGCAUCCAAACUGCAGCUGCGUGAUCAUGCCUGUGUCUUUUGGGACUAUGCUGCCAAUGACUGGAGCACCGCUGGCUGUGCAAAAGGAAGAGACCAGUUCUUCAGAUGCAGGUGUAACCACACUACUAAUUUUGCUGUCCUGAUGGCCUUUCAGAUCAAAUAUAAAUAUGCGAAGCCUUUGGAGUAUAUUUCUUACAUUGGCAUUGGAUUGUCCAUGGCUGGUCUGGUCAUUACCAUUUUGUUUCAAAUAUUCACUAGGCCCAGUCCUAAAAGUCGUCUAACAUGGAUGUUAGUGAGUCUCUGUUUCUCUAUGCUCCUUUUUAACAUCAUCUUCAUCUCUGGAAUUGAAAACCAAAAUGCCAGGAAUGACAGCAGCGAUACCACCAGCUACUACUAGCAAUAGUUGCUUUGCGAUACUGCCAGUAACACCUUGCUCACAUCUGACAUGGUAGAUCCUCCCGUAGACUCCUGGUGUACAGCCACGGCUGUCCUGCAGCACUAUUUUGUGUUGGCAACAUUUAUGUCGACUGCUCUCAAUUCUGCCCAGUUGUACUUACCGCUGCUUAGAGCCACGAAGCCCCUGCCUGGACACUUCCUCGUAAUUACAUCAGUAAUUGGAUGGGGAAUCCCCACUGUAGUAGUUGCAAUAACCCUUGGAGCUACUUACAGAGAAGGAAAAGCUUUGAACUACCGACGGGAAGAAUUUUGCUGGCCUGCAGCACUGGAUCAAAAUCAGAAUAUCAGUGUGCAAAUGUCCAUGUUGUGGUCAUUCCUCUUGUCAGCACUCAUAGUCCUGUUUAAUAUCAUCGUCUUCAUCAAGAUCGGUGUCUCUGUGAUAUGGAAGAAGAACGAGAAUUUGAUUAGGAAUAAAAAGGAUUCAUUUAUGAAAAAGAUGAUUGGCACUAUCUCUAUAGUGGUAGUGCUCGGAAUCACCUGGACAAUAGGCUACCUCAUGUUAUUAAGUCACGAAGAAACAAGUCUUGUUUUCAGCUAUCUGUUCCGCAUUUUGAACACUACCCAGGGACUUCAGAUUUGUAUUCUGUACAGUUUUAGAUCACCAGUCUUCAAGAAAAAAGUUUCUGAAGUGUUUCCUUUUUUGUGGGUGACAGAGGUACCACUGUAUCUGCAUUCAAAAACUUACUACGUUUCAAAAUCACAGCCUGCAAAACAUUCGCACGAAACUUUCAGAUCAACUGAGAGUUUUUCAGAGAAUAUUUUCUGGUCUACCUUCACUAACUGA